AUGGAAUAUCAAGUUCGAGAAAAGGUUUUUCUCAAAGUUUCACCAUGGAAAGGGGUUACCAGGUUUGGUCAAAAGGGCAAACUAAGCCCAAGAUACAUUGGCCCUUAUGAGAUCCUUGAAAGAAUUGGCCCCUUAGCUUAUAGAUUAGCAUUGCCUCCAGAAUUAGCUCAGAUCCAUGAUGUAUUACAUGUAAGCAUGCUCAGAAGGUAUCGAUCAGACCCAUCACAUGUGAUACAAACUCAGGAUAUUCAAGUGUCUGAUCAUUUAAGUUAUGUUGAAGAACCAGUUGCUAUUAUUCGAUAUCAAACUAAAAAAUUGAGAAAUAAGGAGAUACCAUUGGUAAAAGUUCUUUGGCAAAACCAUUAUAGAAAGGAAGCUAAAUGGGAAACAAAACAACAUAUGAGGCAGAAUUACCCCCACUUAUUCCCUGAAUCAGGUAAAAAUUUUGAGGAUGAAAUUUCUUAA